CCGAGCAGACACUAGGCGCAGCCGGAGCGCAGAUCGUGGACCCCGCAAGUCGGAGCCCAGCGGAUUCGAGCCCGGGCCUGGAGGGCAGCAGCCAGUGAGGGGUCCCUGUUCUGGAAGGAGGGGUCAUGGCCUUCAUGCUGUUCACCCGGCGGCUGGUCUGCAGCUCCCAGCACAAGCACCGCUUGCUAGUGCCAGGAUCCAGAUACAUCAGUCAAGCUGCAGCCAAAGUGGACGUUGACUUUGAUUAUGACGGGCCACUGAUGAAGACAGAGGUCCCAGGCCCAAGGUCUCGGAAGUUGAUGGAGCAGCUGAACGUCAUUCAGAAUGCAGAGGCUGUGCAUUUUUUCUGCAACUACGAAGAGAGCCGAGGUAACUACCUGGUGGACGUGGACGGCAACCGCAUGUUGGAUCUUUAUUCCCAGAUCUCCUCUGUCCCCAUAGGUUACAGCCAUCCGGCCCUGGUGAAGCUCAUCCAGCAGCCUCAAAAUGUGAGCACCUUCAUCAACAGACCUGCGCUGGGCAUCCUGCCUCCAGAGAACUUCGUGGAGAAGCUCCGGGAGUCCUUGCUCUCCGUGGCUCCCAAAGGGAUGACCCAGCUCAUCACUAUGGCCUGUGGCUCCUGCUCCAACGAAAACGCCUUCAAGACCAUCUUCAUGUGGUACCGGAGCAAGGAAAGAGGACAAAGGAGCUUCUCCAAAGAGGAGCUGGACACCUGCAUGAUUAACCAGGCCCCUGGGUGCCCCGACUACAGCAUCCUCUCCUUCAUGGGUGCUUUCCACGGGAGGACCAUGGGUUGUCUGGCAACCACGCACUCCAAAGCAAUUCACAAGAUCGACAUCCCUUCCUUCGACUGGCCCAUCGCACCGUUCCCGCGGCUGAAAUAUCCUCUGGAAGAGUUUGUGAAGGAGAACGAGCAAGAGGAGGCGCGCUGCCUGGAGGAGGUGGAGGACCUGAUCGUGAAAUAUCGGAAAAAGAAGAAGACGGUGGCUGGGGUCAUCGUGGAGCCCAUCCAGUCCGAGGGUGGAGACAACCACGCCUCGGAUGACUUCUUCCGGAAGCUGAGAGACAUUGCUAGGAAGCAUGGCUGUGCCUUCUUGGUGGAUGAGGUCCAGACGGGAGGAGGCUGCACAGGCAAGUUCUGGGCCCACGAGCACUGGGGCCUGGAUGACCCUGCAGACGUGAUGACCUUCAGCAAGAAGAUGAUGACUGGGGGCUUCUUCCACAAGGAGGAGUUCAGGCCCAGCGCGCCUUACCGGAUCUUCAACACCUGGCUGGGGGACCCGUCUAAGAACUUGUUGCUGGCCGAGGUCAUCAAUGUCAUCAAGCGGGAGGACCUGCUGGAUAACGCGGCCCGUGCCGGGAAGGCCCUGCUCACGGGGCUGCUGGACCUCCAGGCCCGGUACCCCCAGUACAUCAGCAGGGUGAGAGGACGAGGCACCUUUUGCUCCUUCGACACUCCAGAUGAAUCCAUAAGGAACAAACUCAUUUUAAUUGCCAGAAACAAAGGUGUGGUGUUGGGGGGCUGCGGCGACAAGUCCAUCCGUUUCCGUCCCACACUGGUCUUCAGGGAUCACCAUGCUCACCUGUUCCUCAAUAUUUUCAGCGACAUCUUAGCAGAUUUCAAGUAGAAAAGCCAUUUCCACUACACUCAGAGAAGCCCGAUCUCAACAGUUGUCAAUUGAUUAGUUUGCCUAAUUCAUGUUUCCACUUAAAAGCGUCAGAGGCGAAUGCAUAAACUGAAGGGUUAUUUGUGGAGAGGGGAUGUUUUGGUGGUUGUGGGAGAGGGGAAGGGAGGACGGGACUGGCUUUGAUUUUCCUCCUAGCAGAGCCAAUGGUACCAGUUGGUUUCAGCCCAGAAUUUCUGGUGGAGUCCUGCACAUGGUCUUGGAGAGGGCCAUGUGGGUCCUGGCCAUAUUUCAGCCCACCCAACCCUGACAAUUUCUUUAGAAGCCAGUCAAGGGAGUCCCACCUGCUCCUGAGGCUGGUGGCCAGGGCUCUUGGGUUCCAGGCUAUCUCAAAUGCCCUGUCCUAUAAUCAAAGAUGGCUGGCUUCCCCUCACCCUAUGCAACAAACACGCUUUCCCUUCCUUCCCCAGCACCUGGAGCUCUGAACACCCCAUGCAUGAUUCCGUGCCAGACUGGAUGGUUCCCAGGAACCAACAAAGCAGGCACAGGAGGACUGAGCUUGGGGAAGGGGGACCUCUGGCCCCUGAGACUAGGACCUCUCCUCUCAGUGCUCCUGGGGUCCUCUAAACUCUCAGUUCCACCCAUGAUGGGCCUCUGUCCUUGGAGGAUCUCUAGGCAGAUCGAGGAUGGUUCUUACUGACACCCUCUAUCCCCACACCAUCCUCCCUGUUGUAUGUGCAGCCUAAAGUGUGACCUGAGCAUGCAGGGGACACACAAGAGCUGGAAGGUCAGAAGCACGAGUCUGUCCACCCAGGAGCAGAAGCCCAGAACCACUUCAUCCCAUCUCCUGGGGCCCCUUGAGGUCUGACCCUUGACCCUCCCUCCUGGGAGGCUCCUUCUCAGCUUUCAUUCAUCUGCCUUCACUCUGCUUCUGAGCAGAGCUGACCCAUCAGAGGGAGCCACUGCUGGACUAGCUUUCUUCUUGAGGGAAGUGUUGUGAAUUAGACACCAGAGCCCUGCACAUGAAAAGCAACCUGUUGGUUGCUUCCUUAUACUUGCCCCUGAACUCCGCUUUGCCUGAGAUGCCGGAGCUGGAGAUCACAGGUAGAUGAUUCUUAUGUGGCUGAGCAGGUUGUGGACAAGGCCCAGCAUCUCUGCCAGAGGCGAGACCUUCUCGGAACUUAUCUGACCUCAGAUGCUCCUAAAAAGAGCCGUUGAGAAUCCUGCAGCCUCAAGGCAUAGUCCACUGGGUAGACAGAGAGUCUGGCUUGUAUUCUGUGACCAGAGGGAAACCUCUGCACCUCUGGUGCCUUGGUGGACUGUUUUGGAAGAUGGACGUGUCAAGAUUCCCAAUUCAGUAUUUUGUCCUUUUAAUAACUAAUCAUCCAAAGAUUCAGCUCCCACUCUUCCUCAUGCUUGAUCAUCAGCCUUUUUUGUUGAGAUGAAAUGUUAACAGAGCUGGACGGAUCCACAAGUCCUGGGUCACUUUGCAUUCCUGCAGUCUGCAGGAAAUCUGCCGCUUUUCCUAAGGAGUUUUACCACGUCUGAGGUCAUGUUUGCCCUGCUAACUACAUGAGGAGGCAUGCCUCCCUCUCACCCAUUUGUAUGCUUUUUUUAAUACAUCAAUCUUCACUCACUCAUCAAACUAUCAUGAAAUACCUGUGCCACCCCAGGCCCUGUGCUAAGCAUCUGGAAGACACAUGGGAAAUAAAAUGUGGUCCCUGCUCUCAAAGGACUCACUAUCCAUGGGGAACAACCGACUCUAAAACCAAAUAUAUCAUAAUGGCAAGUGCAAUGACAGAGAUGCAUGAGGAGCACAGUAAGUCAGAGGGAGGACCCCAAUCUGCCUGAAGUGUAGAGGAACUUUCAAGGAGAAAGUAACGUUUGAGCAGGACUUUGCAGAAUGAGCAAGUUCACCAAGCAGACAGGGCACGGAAGAACGUUCCAGAAAGGGAACGGCAUACAGAAGUUCACAGUCUCAUUCCUUUAACUGGGGAGCCAGAUUCCACAGGCAAUAUCCCAAGGUUCAAGCCUUACUUAACAAACAAGAAAAAUGCAAACCCAACCAUGAUGCAUAUAUGGGAUUAUGUAUGCUUUCUCCUGAGAACUUUAGCACCGGUGCAAAUAUUCAAUAAGAUUCUUGGAGUCCUGAGGAUUCUAAGCCUGGGAACACUGAGAAACUUGGCUCUCUUCAUUGGAGGGCAUGGCUCCAGUAUUCUGUUCUCUCCCCACGAGGCACUGACGGAGGAAUGAGAUCAUUUUAUCUGGAAAGUCAUUUCUGAACUUAUCAUUCACUCCUUACCAAGGGAAGUUACUUGUAAAGUGUUUAAGCCAUUUACCAAGUCCUUGUCAACUUGGGGCAUGAUGAGCUCCUGAGAUGUCCUCUUUUGUGGGGUGGGGGUGAGCUAGAGGAAAUCCAAGGAAAAGAAUUUUUGGCAGAGUUCAAGAUGGCAGAAACUGAGAAGAGUCUGGAGAAGACACUGUAAGCCAAUGGACAGCUGCUGUCCAGGGCAGAGCCCAGGAGGAAGUGCUUCUGUGGGGGUCUGGAGAUGAACCCAUCACCCAUUAGUACCAUCAAGUCUGGUGAAUGUCUCUAGCCUGUCUUGUCACUUUUACAGAAAACCAAGUCCAGUACUAGCAAGUCUUAGCACAUCCUCCCUUUUAUUAUAAAUGGGUGUUUUUUUAUAAUUUUUACUGACUCUCAGUAACCAUGCAAAAUUGUGCUCCACAUUAACAUAUCUAUAUAUCUAUCCUAUCUCUAUAUAUCAGCUCAUGGUAGAAACCAUAGCUAGGGAGCAUCGCAGACUUAUGCAUACAAAGUGAUCUUGUUUACAGUAUUCUGUUGACAGUGCCAAUAAAUGAUAAGGAAAUUAACAUGCCACAAUGUAACUGAUGACCACAUGCACAAUUCCAUGAAUUAAAUGUUUCCUGUGUUGAUCAGUAUUCUUAAAUUAAAAAAAAAAAUUUAUAAUGGAAA